AUGGGUGAACAAUCUUCUAAGAUUGGUCGUACCUUGGCCAAGGGCCUUGGUAUCAAAGUCGCCUACAGAGAUCCUUUGAGCGCCAACACUGGUGAUCCGGUCACUCGAGGCGAGUCAACUUUCUCAGUUGGCACUGUCGAGACCUACUCCUACAAUGAGCCUGAGCCUAGCAGCAUUGAAUACCUUCGCGAAAUUACUCCAUCUGGCCGCCAAUUCGUCGAUUAUCUUAUUAGUCUCUUUCCUUUCCUGAACUGGAUUGGACGCUACAAUCUCCAAUGGUUCAUUGGUGAUCUUGUUGCUGGUAUCACUGUUGGUGCCGUUGUUGUCCCUCAGGGUAUGGCUUACGCUAAGCUGGCGGAGCUUCCCGUGCAGUUUGGUCUCUACUCAUCCUUCAUGGGUGUUCUGGUUUAUUGGUUUUUCGCAACUUCGAAGGAUAUCACCAUUGGUCCCGUCGCCGUCAUGUCUACUCUGACCGGAACUAUUGUGCUUCAAGUUCAGGCCGAGUAUCCUGAUAUUGAAGCUCAUAUCAUCGCUUCGUGUCUUGCCGUCCUCCUCGGUGGUAUCGUCUGUUUCCUGGGUCUGAUUCGCAUGGGUUUUAUUGUGGAUUUCAUUCCGCUGCCUGCAAUUUCCGCUUUCAUGACUGGUUCCGCCAUCAACAUUGCUUCUGGCCAAGUCAAGACGAUGCUCGGUGAAACUGCUGGCUUUUCUACUCGUGAUGCAACAUACUUGGUCAUUAUAAACACCCUCAAAUACUUGCCUACUGCCGGUCUCGAUGCCGCCAUGGGUGUGACUGCCUUGGCCAUGUUGUAUAUCAUCCGCUCGGGUUGCACCUAUGCUGCAAAGAAGCAGCCACAACGGGCUAAGAUCUGGUUCUUCAUUUCAACCCUUCGAACUGUGUUUGUCAUUUUGUUCUACACUAUGAUCAGUGCUGCGGUAAACUUGCACCGGAGAGACGACCCCUUGUUCACUUUGCUGGGCACCGUGCCUCGCGGUUUCAAGAACGCAGCUGUGCCCACCAUGGACACCCGGAUUAUCAAGUCUUUCUCCAGCCAGCUCCCAGCUGCUGUGAUCGUUUUGCUUAUCGAGCACAUUGCCAUCUCCAAGUCCUUUGGUCGUGUCAACAACUACACCAUUGAUCCCUCUCAGGAAUUCAUCGGUAUUGGUGUUACCAACCUCCUUGGUCCUUUCCUGGGCGGCUAUCCUUCCACUGGUUCUUUCUCCCGAACUGCCAUUAAGUCCAAGGCUGGUGUGCGAACUCCCCUGGCUGGAUUGAUUACUGCUAUUGUCGUGCUUCUGGCUAUCUAUGCUCUGACUGCAGUCUUCUUCUACAUCCCUUCGGCUUCUCUCUCUGGUGUCAUUAUCCACGCUGUGGGUGAUUUGAUCACUUCCCCCAACACUGUUUACCAGUUCUGGCGUGUCUCUCCACUCGAUGUUGUCAUCUUCUUCAUCGGUGUGAUCGUUACCGUAUUCACCUCGAUUGAAGAUGGUAUCUACUGCACAAUCUCUGUCUCCGCGGCAGUCCUGCUCUUCCGUGUGGCUAAGGCUCGCGGCCAAUUCCUUGGUCGUGUUAAGAUUCACUCUGUCGUAGGUGACCACCUCCUCGACAACGAUGGAAAGUAUGGCUCCUUCGGAACGACCAAGGUCCCAUCCGAUGACGAAGAGCACCACCGCAGCAUCUUCCUCCCCACCAACCACGCCGACGGAUCUAACCCGGAUAUCGAGCUCGAGCAGCCAUACCCUGGUAUCUUCAUCUACCGUUUCUCCGAGGGAUUCAACUACCCCAACGCCAACCACUACACGGACAACCUGGUGCAGACUAUCUUCAAGAGCACUCGCCGUACUAACCCGCACGCUUUCAAGCGUCCUGGUGAUCGCCCAUGGAACGCCCCGGAUCUGAAGAAUGGCAAGGAAGCCGAGGAUGACACCCGUCCACUCCUGCAAGCCGUCAUUCUGGAUUUCUCCUCUGUGAACAACGUCGACACAACCUCUGUGCAGAACUUGAUCGAUGUUCGCAACCAGUUGGAUCUCUACGCCUCUCCUCGCUCCGUCCAGUGGCACUUCGCCCACAUCAACAACCGCUGGACCAAGCGUGCUCUCGCAGCCGCCGGCUUCGGUUUCCCUACCCCAACCUCAAACGACGGAUUCCACCGCUGGAAGCCUAUCUUCAGUGUUUCCGAGAUCGAAGGCAGUGCUUCCGCCGCCGCUCACGCUGAACUGAUCAACAACCAGCGCGAGCAGGCUUUCCAGCAACAGCAGGACAUGGAGGCUGGUCUGAAGGUCGAGCACUCGACUACCGAGCGUGAGACCACCAACACGAUCGAGACGAUCGAGUCAUCCACAUCCGGGGAGAGCGGCAUCAUCACCGAGGACAAGUUGCAGCGCGACUUGAAGGACAGCAAGGCGUACCGUGGACGCCGCAAGGUCGCUAUUGUGCAGGGCAUGAACCGACCUUUCUUCCACAUUGACUUGACCAGCGCCCUCCAAAGCGCUGUUGCCAACUCUUCCCAGGAGAUUCCGACAAUCCACUAA